AUGCCAACGACGUUUUUCACAAGAGAAGGGGCGACUCCCGGACCGAGCCUUUGUUUCAGCUGGAGGACCAUGUCAUCGCAUAGGCCCCAGUCGCUGUGGGAGGUUGCAUGCCUGAGUCCUCUCCGAGCUGAACCACGCGCCGAUGCUCAGGUUGUGGGCUGGAAGCAAACAGGCUUUCUUCCUCACAGUCUUCUCUCAAGCGUGUUAUACUUGGACUUAGAGAUCACUGCGGGCUGGUUGGAGAUGGCCAAUGACAUGGGAUGGAUUGAGAUGUGUGCGCUCCGAGACAAGGCGCUCAUCACUCCGGUAUCUGGACUAUCUGAGUUUUGUGCGGUUUCUCGCGUUCGAGUUUGA